AAGAAGCAUGCCGUUGCUCUGCGAUGGGAAGUGCCCCGCACACGAGGCCUGGAGCAUCCUGCGCAGGGCGGCGUCGUGAGGUCACGACAAGUGUUGAGAAGCGUCCGAUGGGCAGAACAAGUGCCCCGUAAAUGGAACCAAUAGCCCUCAUGGAAACUAUGGUCACGUUGCUGGCGAAGAAUCAUCAGCUGCAGCAGGAGAACAGUCGCAUGCAUAAUUCAAUGUUUAGUUUAGUGAAGGAAAAUUUUGAGCUGAAAUCCUUGAUGCAGGGCAAAGAGCCCCAGUUGGAUUGCACAGUCUGUCCAGCGGAAGGAAAAAGCUCCUCCAGUCUGUGGACAAGCACCUGUGACGAGAGUCAGUUCCGCAAAGGCCUGAAACCUUCAGCAGAAGGACCGAAGACCUCCUCUCCCACCGCGCUGACGCCUGCCUUUCAGAACUCCACUCGCAAGGAGGACAGCGCUGAGUGGAAAAACUCGUCGGGCUACUUCCCUCAAGAUCCAAAACGCAUCCUUGGGGAAGUCGCUCUUCAACUGGACCGCAGGAUUCUCUCCUACGUUUUCCAAGGCCAUAAAAGGCGUUACGGCUUCACCAUAAGCAACAUACCAGCCAAGAUCAAAGAGGUGAGCAUACAUCCUCUCACCAAACAAGUCAAUGAAGAUUAUGAGCUUCACCUCACAAGAAGAUAUGACCGCCUCAUGGGGAACCUCACCCAGAAAGGAUACAGGACUCAGUUUCAUCCGGUGUUCUCGGAAUUCAUUGUCAAUACCUUUGGUGUCUUUGAGAGGCCCGGCAGCCAGACUUUGGAAUACAACAAUCCCAACUUUUUAAAGACGUUGAUAAUGACUGAAGCGCCCCAGAACCUGCAGGAGGACUUGAUCAUUAUCCUCGACUGCCUGUGUUUCAUGGCUGAGAAGUACAAACGGACUCUUUUUAAGUGGUACUGAUGAGGACUCGCAGCUUCUUCCACCAUUCCAGUCUUUGAAACCAGUGAUGAAUUCAGCUUCGAUGACAAACUGCUAUGCUCCUGCACGUUUAUAUUGUGAUCUCCCUCAUGUAUUUCUAUAUUUCACGCGUACUCUUGAAUCACAAAUGGUACGUUCAAGUGCGCAUUUCGCUGAUUUAAAGGCAACUGUACAUAUCAAAACAAUAAAUUAUAUUUUGGGAAUUUUCUGUUCUGAUCGU